CCUUGGCUCUUCACAACAGUAGAUCGAUCAUCAGCGUGAUUGGUGAGUAAUAAUAAGAUCGGUUUUUUACAUUUGUGAGAGAAGUCCCAAAAGAGAGAAAUGUCGUCCGAGCAGGAAAGGCGAGAACUUGACGCCAAGGCAAGGCAGGGAGAGACAGUCGUCCCUGGUGGAACUGGUGGGAAGAGCCUUGAAGCCCAGGAGCACCUUGCCGAAGGGCGGAGCCGCGGAGGGCAGACGAGGAAGGACCAGCUGGGGCAUGAAGGGUACCAGGAGCUGGGAAGCAAAGGAGGACAAACGAGGAAGGACCAGCUGGGGCCUGAAGGGUACCAGGAGCUGGGAAGCAAAGGAGGACAGACGAGGAAAGAGCAGAUUGGACAUGAGGGGUACCAGGAGAUGGGCCGCAAAGGUGGACUCAGCUCAACAGACAAGUCUGGAGGAGAGCGCCCUUCUGAGGAAGGGAUUGAGAUUGACGAGUCCAAGUACAAGACUAGGGACCGCUGAUGACUAUAUAUAGAAAGUUUGGGAAGUUAGCCUUAUAAAGAAGUGUCUUAGGUUUCGUAGUUUGUCCAAUAAUAACGUACGUGUCGUUGUGUUUAUACUCCACUGGUGUGUAUCUGUUGGGUAAAGCAGUGGCUUGUUUUAGGUGUCUGUUGGUGAUCAGUAGUUAGAAUGGGAAAGGCAUUAUAUGGUGUUUGGAUGUUGGUUUUUUGGGAUUAUAGUGCCUUUUUUUGUAUGUUAUGUAACUGAUCGAUGUUAAUUUCAAUAGUAGCUGCUGACUUUUGGUUCAGCUUUGGCUUUA